UAAAUUGAAAUAAGGAAAAGGGUUAUUUUGGUGAAUUAGGUUUGGGUGUGUUGUAAAUUGAGACCAUAGAGCCUUAAUUUUGAAUGAUCCAUCCAUGGUAAAUUGGAUUUGUGAGACAAAGCAAGCAAGCAAGCAAGAAGAAGGUUGAUAGUAUUAGUAAUACUCUUGGAAGGAGGAGUGAUGGCGGACGAGGGUUACCCUCCGGUAACCAGGCUGAUGAAUUUUGUAUCGCAGGAACAGUUGGAUGAAGCCAAGAAGACUCGAGGACCUAGAGUUGAAGACGGAACUGCCCAACGAGAUCGCCCCCUUUUUGAGAUUUUAAAGGAGAAUAAGGACAAGAAAGAUGCAGAGUUCAACGAACGCUUCAAGCAUAGACCUCCAAAAGCAUUGGAUGAAGAUGAGACUGAGUUUCUUGAUAACUUGGAGUUGUCAAGGAGAGAAUAUGAGCAGCACAUAGCAGAUGAGGAAGCCAAACAGCUACGAAGUUUUCAGGAACAAGUGGCUGCACAAUCCGCCGUUCUACACGAGCUAAAGGAAACACCUGUGGCCCCUCCUAAACUUCAGGAGCAACAACCAUCCGGAGAGAAAAAAACACGCGCUCGCCCACCAAGAGUAGUUAUAAAAGUUAAACCUCAACCGAAAAAGGCAAAGAUCAGCACACCUGAAAAAUCUAAACCUUCAGUUCCUGUCACCAAUGUUGUUACCGGUGGACUUGUUUCAUAUAGCGACGAAAGUGAUGAUGAUGAUUAGAUGUUUGUUUCUAGCAUUUUGACUUCACCCCAAAUGACUUUGGUUUUUGCUUAGAUAAAUUUUGUACACUAUUUCAUGGAAUGGUAAUAUUCAACACAAAUAUCAUCAUUCACUAAUUUAUGAUUAUUAAUUUAUUUUAAA